AUGUUCGGAAAACGCGCUCCCUUUUCUAUCCCUGCCUCCUUCCUCAGGGUCCUCAACCCCAGAUUUUCUGUCCUACCAGGUACAAGCAGAUCUCUCGCGACAAUGGCGACCGAUACGUCCAAGUAUAAGCUUAACCACACCAUGCUUCGGGUGAAGGACCCAAAGCGAUCGGUCGAAUUCUACAAAUUCCUCGGCCUAAACCAAAUCCAACAGCUCGACUUCCCCGAAAACAAAUUCUCCCUCUACUUCCUCGCAUACACCGGCCCCGAGUCCCUGCAGGGCGACCGCCACUGGACAGACCGCCACGGCGUCCUCGAACUCACCCACAACCACGGCACAGAGAGCGACCCCAACUACACCAUUGCCAACGGCAACGAGGAACCCCACCGCGGCUUCGGCCACAUCGCCAUCUCCGUUGAUAACAUCGAAGUCGCGUGCCAGAGGCUCGAGGACGCCGGGUACGCCUUCCAGAAGAAACUCACCGAGGGCCGCAUGAAGCACAUUGCGUUCGUCAAGGAUCCCGAUGGCUACUGGGUUGAGAUCAUCAAGCGCCAGGAUGAGGCGAUCAAGGCGGAUUCGACGGAUCCGGGCUCGUACAGGCUUAACCAUACUAUGCUCCGCGUGAAGGAUGCGGAGGUUAGCCUGAAGUACUACCAGGAGGUUAUGGGGAUGACUCUUGUCCGGACAAUUGAGAACAAGGAUGCUGGGUUUAACCUCUACUUCUUGGCGUACCCCGCUUCCAACCCCAAGGCCCUUGUGAAUGCGAGAAACCCUGUCGCUGAGUGGGAGGGUAUUGUCGAGUUGACGUGGAACUACGGCACGGAGAAGCAGGAAGGAAAGGUCUACCAUGACGGCAACGCUGAGCCGCAGGGCUUCGGGCAUAUUUGUAUCUCUGUCGACGACCUAAACGCAGCUUGUGAGCGCUUCGAGUCGCUGAAUGUGAACUGGAAGAAGCGCCUGACCGACGGCCGCAUGAAGAACGUCGCCUUCGUCCUUGAUCCCGAUGGCUACUGGAUUGAGGUGAUCCAGAACGAAGCGCUGAAGCGUACCAGCAACUGGUAG